UUCUUCAUUUUGAUCCAAAGCAAUUUUAAUUAUUAUUUGAUUGAACCGAUAAGAGACAAAUAUUGCAAACAAACGUGAAAAGCAGCAAACGAAGAAAAACAACCGAUCAUCAUUGAAAAUGUUUCAUCCACAACAAAUCAUGUACAAUAACUAUGGAGUCUUUCAACAACUGUCCGUUAAAGUCAAACUCAAUGAUACAAUUAGAAGAUUUUCCGUGCCAUCAUCUUGUACAUUGAUUGAAUUUUAUCAACAAGUUUCCAAAGCAUUCCAAUUAAAUAUCGAUAUUACCACUCACCUUGUUCAAUACAAAGACAAUGAAGAUGAUUUGAUCGUUACAACAAGUGAAGAUGAAUGGAACUAUGCUAAAAAGUCCUUCUCUACACCAUGUAUGCAAGUUACUUUGAAGGAGAAGGUUAUUCCAAAGAAGAAGGAACAACCAACACAACCAGUAAAGAAGGAAAUCCCAAUUACCACACCUCCAACAGCAACCAUUCAACCACAACCAAUAACUCCACAAAAACCAUCCUCACCACAGAAACAACCUGAAUCACCAAUCCAACCAACUCAACCAAUUCAACCAAAAUCAAGUUCUCCUCAACCUGUUCUAAUUCAACCUUCUUCUGUUACAACCCAACAACAACCUACUCAUCCAACCACAGCUACAGUAAUGGAAGACUCUAUGGGUUUUGUAGCUCUUAAUACCUCUCAACAACCUACUCCUUUUGUUGCCAGAUUUUCCUCUGAUGUCAACUUGCCUGAUGGAUCAUCAGUUUAUAUUAAUCAAGAAAUUACCAAAACUUGGAAGAUUGUCAACCCUGGCUCAACCAAUUGGCCAUCCAAUGUUCAAUUACAUUGUAGAGAUUCCAAGGCUCUUCCUUUCCAAAUUGUUUCUUCUAAUGUUCCAGUUGCUAGUCCAAAUCAAUCAGUGGACGUAUCUGUUACUUUUAUUCCAAGAAAACUUGGCCCACUUAAGGGAUAUUUCAAAUUGUGUUCUGGUGAUAUUCAAUUUGGACAUACUUUCUGGUUAGAUUUAGUUGUUCAUCCAUUGCCAGUUGCUGAAGCUCCACAACAACAACAACAAUCUGUCGAUCAAACUAUUCAACAAGUUAGAGAUCUCAAGAUUGAUGAUAUUAGGGAAUUCGAUAGUGAUGAUGAGGAUAGUGAUGAAGAAGACUUUGAAGAUGAAAGAUUCAAUGCCCUUAAAGAAAAAUAUCAAUUCCAACUUGACGUUUUGAGCAAUAUGGGCAUGACUAAUGAAAGAGCCCUUGUUGAUAUUCUUGAACAAAAUGGUGGUGAUGUUAGCCAAACUAUCCAACAAUUCAUUUUACUUUCAUCCAAAAUGCAAUAAAUUUAAUCAUAAUC